CGGAGGCGGAAGAGCAGGAACCAAGUGAUUCCCGGGCACUAGACUUGAGGCGCUGCUGCUGGAGCGAGAUGGAGCUGGGCGCGGCGGCGGUACCCGGGCGGGAUGGUGUCCGCGAGCGGCGAGCCUUGGGCGAGGCUGGGAGGCAGCAACAGAACCACCAUGCGCGGCCGCAGUCCGCCUCAAACAAUCUUCAGAAACACUCCUACUGGUUGGAUCUUUGGCUCUUCAUUCUUUUCGACGUGGUGGUGUUUUUAUUUGUGUAUUUUUGGCCUUGACUGGUUUGCUGCCCACUGGCUUCUGGAAUGAAUUCUGAAGUUGACUACAAACUUCUUGAAAAAAGAAGAUAGGAUUGUACAGCAGAAUUUCAGAACUCUAUGGGACUUUCAUUUUAUACUUUUCUUUUGCUUAUUUGGAGAACUCUAUUAACUGGGUAGGAUCUUGCCCAUUCAUAAAUACAUUCUUAAAAUUAGACCCUUUAGUUCAUGUUUCAAAACUUUGAAACAUCUGGUGGCUUUACAGGUUUGAAUAUGAAAAUAUUUGUAUUUAAAGGUUUAGUGUAUUCAUUAGGAGAUAUAGUAAUGUCUUUAACAUUUUAAGGGUUGAUCAGGGUUUAAUAUGCUGAAAAUGAUAGGGUGAAUGAUAAGGAGAGGUGUUUAUAAAUUCAAAAGUAAAUUACUCAAAAGUGAAGGAACGAUUUUCAGAGGAGGAAUGGAGUAUUCUUAAGAUUGCAUAGAGGUGCAACAAAAAAGAUACACAGAAAAUGUAGGCCCACUGUUUGUUUAUUGGCUCUAAGCACCAGUUUAAUUUUUGUUAAUAGGUUAAGUAAGCAUCUUAUGAAAUGAUAUGUCAUGGGUGACAGGUUGAUGUAGUCUUAGAGAAAGUAGAUCAUAUUCAAUGUUAGGAAGCUGCCAUGAAUGUCCUUUUCCCUGGAUGUCUUCUUUCUUCCUUUCAAACUCUUGAGCCCCCCUAAAGUGUCUGUAACUUACUUAAAUACUGCAGUAACGUCAAUGUGAUUAUUUACUCAUUCAACAGAUGUUUGAGCUCUCAUUGGCCAGCGUUAUAAGACACAGUGAACAAAACAGACAAAAAUACUUGCCUUCAUGAGGUUAGAGGUUAAUGUUGUUAUUCAGCUUUCAUUAGUGUUUGUGUUAAUGUGUGGCCCAAGACAAUGCCGCUUCUCAUGUGCAGCAGAGAAGAAAAAGGGUUGGACACGCCUAAAGGACACAGAACUGGAAUUUCACUGAAUUUACUAAACAGAUUGUAUCACUUGUUUUUUCAGUACUUGCUAAUAAUUUUAUCUAAUAAAUGUUUACUUACA